AUGAACAGCCUUUGGCCUUCCCUCCCACGAGUAUCGUGUCUGGAUACUCGAACGAUUCUCAGGACAUGCUGCAAAGUCGAUAGUCUGGCCGCAAGACUUGCACAGCGAAAUGCUCAAUCAUAUUCGAGUUCAUCGGCACCAUAUCUGCGGAAAACUACAAGAUGUCAGGAGAGCGGCGGGUUGAAAAGGAUACCUGGAGGGGCAAUUCUAGGCUUCGCGCUUCGAACCGGCGCCAGGACUUAUGCGUCGAAGCCUCUAGUCACUCGAUAUCAGAAAUUACCCAAGGGUUACACUCCAAACCUUGGCCUCCCAUUCAGAUCGAAACCGCUAUCAGCAAAUGAGGUUAAAGAUAUUUUUGGAGCGGGUAUUGACGCACAUACGGCGAACCGGUUGAUGAUGAUGAUGCAUGGCCAGAGAGUGGCCGGAACGUUAGAGGAUCCCAAUGGCCAAACAAUAUUUACACCAUACGAAGACCGAGCAAGGCAGAUUGCAUUGGCAUGGCUGAGAGAGAAUGUGCCAGUGGAUGAGGUGGGCAAUGCUGGUCUGAAGGCCGAACAAGAACUGCGUGAAAUGGAAGCAGAAAUUGUUGCCGAUAGUCGGAGGAUUGGCCUCUACAAGCCCAACUCCAGCGAAAAUGCAGAGAGCCCCUAUGGGAAAAGUGUACUCGAUGAGGUUCGAGCAGCCAAGGAGAAGGCGUGGGAGGAGAAGAAAAAAUCACAAGAAGCCACGAGCCAAGCCGAUGAGAUUCGACAAAAUACUGGCCCCUUAGCAACCGUGGGGCCGAAAGCACGAGCAGAGUUGCGGAAAGUUAAGGAGAAUCAAAAGUUUGAGGAGUACAUGAAAAAAGCCAAAGCCUUGAAAGCACCCCCGGAGAUGACCAAAUUUCAACGUCUGUGGCCGUCUGCGCUCGUUGUUCUGGGUACCAUACUGGCCAGCUAUGUCUUUACCCAAGUUUAUACACCUCCUAAACAGUCAGUAAGGUUAUUUCCGGAUAUCCCCCCUGCAGCUGCCACAGUUAUGGGGAUUAUACUUGCCAACACAGUCAUUUUUGCUGCAUGGAGACUACCUGUAUUCUAUCGGUUUUUGAACAUGAAUUUCAUUACUGUUCCCGGAUACCCAUACGCUUUCAGUAUACUUGGCAACAUCUUCUCCCACCAGGCUUUGGGCCACUUCGCUAUGAACAUGGCCUUCAUCUGGGUCAUAGGCACCCGCCUUCAUGAAGAGAUUGGCCGGGCCAACUUUCUAGCAGUCUAUUUUUCCACUGGCGUAGUCGGAAGCUUCGCCUCUCUCAGCCACUUUGUGUUGCGGGGUAGUUUUGUAUCUUCCUCUCUAGGAGCAUCAGGCGCAAUCUGUGGCAUCGUCGCGACAUACCUCUGGCUAAAUGGAAGCGAGAAAAUGCAACUCUUUGGUGUUUUCCCCCCGACAGAUUGGCCAUCCUUCACAGGAAAAGCUCUACUUGCAACUCUCAUAGGUCUAGAAUUGAUCGGCCUGUGGAGGGGGAAUGGAGUGAGGGUCGUGGAUCAUUUUGCUCAUUUGGGAGGCUACGGGGCUGGAAUAGCGGCUGCUGCAUUCCUAAAUGCGUCGCGGAGACGGAGAGAAGCGGCGGAGAGAGAGCGAAAUAGGAAACUGGGAUAUAUGCAAAGGAUCAAAGAGGGGAAGAGCUUAUGGUAG